AUGGAGAGCAUCCUUGCCGAACCUGUAAAGAACAAAACCCAAAGUUUUGUGAACUUUGUGGAAAAUGAAGCUCAGUAUUUAUGUUGCUUCAAUAGUUAUGGUCAAGAGUAUGAGCACGCAGAGAAAAGAUUGAAUGCAAAACUCAAAGAUGUAAGGAGAAUAAUUGAUCAAGCUAGGGGUGUUUCUCCUGCCACAUCUGUAGCACUACAAUGGACACGUGAAGCUGAAGAACUCAUUGAUGCUAACACUAAGAAAGAGAAAUGCUUUAAUGACUUGUGUAUUAAUUGCUGGCGUCAAUAUCAAAAAGGCAAAGACUUGGCAAAACGGACUCUAGAUAUUGACAAACUUCUAGAGAGAAGUAACUUUGACAUAGUGGCAAGUCCAAUUGAACUUCCAGGUAUAAAAUACCGUUGCUUACCAAAUUUCAUGCCUUUUGAUAGUAGAAAGUCAACAUUUGAAAAACUUAAAAAGGCACUAGAGGAUGAAAAAAACAUUAUGAUUGGAUUGCAAGGCUUGGGGGGAACAGGCAAAACCUCGAUGGCAACAGAAGUAGGUGCUAAAUUAGAAGGAUCAAUAUUCAGAAAAGUCAUCUUUCUUGUUGUCUCUAAGCUUCCAGAUUUCAAAAAGCUUCAAGGUGAAAUUGCUAGGAAUUUGGGUGUGGAAUUAAAGAAUGGAGCGGAAGAAGUACUCCAUGACAAAAUAUUGGCCAAAAUCAAAGCAUUAGAAGAAAAAAUUCUUAUAGUACUAGAUGACGUGUGGAUGGAGUUUGAUCUCACGAAAGAGUUGGGGAUUCCUCCUCGCCACUUGCACAAGGGUUGCACUAUAUUGAUAACCACCCGGAGCAAAGAGAUUUGUACAAAAAUGGAUUGUCAAGGGAUCAUUGAUCUACAUAAAUUGACUGAUAAGGAAGCAUUGUCACUUUUCCUCGAGCAUACUAAUAGCUCCUCUACUUUGGAGAGUUUGGCACAAAAUAUUGUGGACCAUUGCCAUGGAGUACCAGUUGUAAUUGUAGCUGUAGCAAGAUCAUUAAAAGGGCGACCUUCUUUAGUUUGGAAGGAAGCGUUGAGGAACUUGCAAAGAGGUGAGACAAUAUUUAGGGUUCGUGAUGAUGAUUUAAAAGGGGUCUAUGAAGGUUUGAAAUUGAGCUAUGAUAAUUUGAAAAAUGAAAAAGCCAAAAGGCUCUUAUUGAUAUCUUCCCUAUUCCCCGAAGAUUUUGAGAUUCCUAUGGAGUUUUUAAUCAGAAUUGGUGUGGGAAUGGGUCCUUUUGGGGAAGUUGAUGACUACAAUGAAAGAAGAAGAAAAGUACUUGAUGCUAUAGUGGAACUCCUAGAUUCUUCUUUAUUAUUGAAUACAAAGAGGGAAUGCGUAAAGAUGCAUGAUUUGAUUCAUGAAGUAUCCUUAUCAAUAGGAGAAAAGGAUGUUCAAUCUGUCAUUGAAUCUAAACCGCCUAAAGAGGGCUUGCAAUGUUUAUUUUGGAAAAGCAAUUCUUUUCCAAGGCACUUUGAUGGUAGAAACCUUGAGGUUUUACUUUGGGUUCUAAAUAACUCAAAGGAUUUGGAAGUCCCCAAUACAUUCUUUACAGUGAUGAAAAAGCUCAAAGUUUGGUUUCUAUGCGGUGAAGGUUUUUAUCAAAUCUCAGCUCCAUCAUUAUUUCCAUCAAUUCAGUCAUUACAAAACAUUCAAACUCUCAUGAUAGGAAAUUUUGCCUUAUGCCACAGCAUCUCUAUGUUGGGAAGGUUACCAAAUCUUGAGAGUCUAUGGUUUGAUGAUUGUUCAAUUUCUAAAUCACCUGGAGAAAAUUUUGAGCUAGAGAAGUUGAGAUUCUUAAGGAUAGAAAAUUGUGAAAUUGAUAUGAGUAAUCCUUUUGAACUAAUUGAAGCAUGCCCAAAGCUAGAGGAGUUGACUUUUUUGAGUAAUCAGUAUGAUGAGGGGGAAAUAGAAAAGAAAAUUUUUCAUAAAGCAUCUUUUCAUACGUUACAGAUAUAUCAAAUAUCUUGUGAUGGUCAGGAUGAAUUUUUAGAUUAUUUUGAGCAAUGUGGUUCCCUCUCAAGAUGCUUUAAGCCAAGUAAUUUAAGGCAUUUAAUCUCUGAGGCAACAUUUAAGCAACUUGUUAAAACAGCUGAGCUUCUCAUCUUAGAAGGUUAUGGAGAAACAAAACAGAAAAAUCUUGUCCUCGAUAUUGUUCCAGUAGACAACAAAGGCAGGACUGACUUGAUCAUUCUUCAAUUGGAUUCUUGGCCUGACAUGCGAUGUCUCAUUGAUGUUGCGAAUAAUCGUCUUGAUGUAAAGAAUGCUUUUUCCAAUUUAGUUGGACUAUACCUUUCUGAAAUGGGACUAAGCAAUAUAUUAUUUAAUGGCCACUAUAACUUGUGUCAUCUAAAGACCUUGAAACUGAACGGGUGUCCAAAGCUGACGUCAAUUUUCCUCCCAUUCACUGCUCAAAGGCUUUUACAGUUAGAAGAGUUGAACAUUGAGAGAUGUGAUGCAUUGGAAUGCAUUGUAGAAGAUAAGAGUUCAAGAGGGGAAAUAGCUGGUGGAGAUGGUGACAAUGAUCAAAAGAGCUACGACACUUUGUUUCCAAAGUUUAAAAUUCUUAAAAUUGAUAGUUGUGACAAUUUAGAAAUAAUAUUGCCAAUCCUUCACGGUGGAUGGCCUCUGGAAAGAAUAAUCAUACGGUUGUGCAAGAAGUUGAAAUAUAUAUUUGAUAAGUUCCAAGAGGUCAAUGUUAUGCUUCCCUCUCUGGAAGAAAUGCAACUUUUUAGUCUGUCAAGUCUGGUUGGUGUUUUCAGGGAGUAUGAAAAAUCCACCUCUUCGUCACCACAACGGCCAGUACCCACACCUCCAAGCACCAAGAUACGUUCUUUUUCUUGGGCUCAAGUAUGUUGUUUUGAAUCAAAGGCGACAAGUGAAGAGGCUGAUGUUGCUGUUUCUACGGGGAGAUUGCUUGACGAAGGAAUCUCACGGGGAUUACUUGCAUCAAAGAAAUGGAUUGAUACUGCUCCUACAAUUGGGAGACAACUAGCACUCCAUGUUGUUGGUCAUAUUAGGAAGAUGGAACUUGCAUAUCUCUCUUCAAAUUCAGUAUCAACUUUGUUCACUUUAUCUAUGGCAUCAGUGAUAUCAUGGGAAGAGAUGACAAUCAGGGGUUAUGAUGGGCUAAAGCACUUGGCAACGAGUGAGGAGGAUGAUUAUAAAGAUCAAAUCAACUGUAGUUCCAUUUUCCCAAAGUUACAGAAACUUCAUAUCUCAGGGUGCAGGGACUUGGAAUUUUUAUUUCUGUCUGCAAUAUCUAUAGAAAUUAAGAAUUUAAAGUCCUUGACCAUUGAAGGCGCUCCUCAGCUAACAUAUGUCAUUGAGAAAUACCAGCAUCAGCAUCAUUUAUCCCAUCAAAAUCAGAAUGACGAGUGGCACUUUGAUCUCCCUGCUUUGGAGGUCCUCUGUUUAGACAGAGUACCUAAGUUUAUCAGCAUUGGUCCCAUGAAUUAUAAAUCACAACUAGAUUUGAAUACCACAAAGGGAUUACUUGAAUCAAAGAAAUGGAUUGAUGCUGCUCCUACACUUGGGAGACAACUAGCACUCCAUGUUCGCCAUAUCAAGAAGAUGGAACUUGCAUGUUUCUUUUCGGAUUCAGUAUCAACUUUGUUCACUUUAUCCAUGGCAUCAGUGAUAGAAUGGGAAGAAUUGACAAUCAGGCGUUAUGAUGGGCUGAAGCACUUGGUAAUGAGCGAGGAGGAUGAUUAUAAAGAUGAAAUCAAUUGCAGUUCCAUUUUCCCAAAGUUACAGAAACUUCAUAUCUCAGAGUGCAUGGACUUGGAAUUUUUAUUUCUGUCGGCAAUAUCUAUAGAGAUUAAGAAUUUAAAGUCCUUGACCAUUGAAGGCACUCCACAGCUAACAUAUGUCAUUGAGAAAUACCAGCAUCAGCAUCAUUUAUCCCAUCUAAAUCAGAAAGACGAGUGGCACUUUGAUCUCCCUGCUUUGGAUGUCCUCUGUUUAGGGAGCGUACCUAAGUUCCUCAGCAUUGGUCCCAUGAAUUAUAAAGCACAACUGGAUUUGAAUACCACAAAGGUAAUGCUCUCUUUUUAUGGUGAUGUUGUUUGUUCUCUGCGGAUUUGCUUACUCAAAAGCGAAAUAUAA